AUGGCGCGAAGUAAGGACGAAGGCGAAAAUAUACGCCGCACACUGGCUGUGAAAUGGCAAGUCAGUGGUCGCAACACCCAAAAAACCCGUCUCAAUGACACCCUGAAACGGCGGUGUUCCAGGCUAGUGGUAAAUGCUGCCAUCGAACUGCGUCGCCGUCACGGUGGUCAGCGCGAAAAACCUCACCUCUCACAGCCAGAGCGUGAAAUGAAGAGUAAGUACUCGAUUUUGAUAGUGUCGGUAUAUCGACGGACGUACCUGGCUUUCAGCGAGUUCCUCGGUCAGCUACGUCUGCCGAUGGAUGAGUUCUGCGAUACUGAGCUGGGUGCCAAGCCGAGGGCGCGCUGGUACCCGCUCAAAGGCAAGAGCGGCGUUUGCGACGAACACAGGUACCGCGGAGAACUGGAGAUCAUGCUCGAGUUCUUCAACAAACCUGCUGAGCCGUCGACGAAAACGACGAAGGCCACUACGCACUCCAAUCCAUUUCUGAACGUCGACUUGCGCCGAUCGGCGCUUCAUAACUUAGGGAAAGGACUGCACUUCAAAAGCUUAGCAAGGAAGGAAGCAGACAUUAUCCAGGUACAGUCAUAUGCUGUUAUAUUCAGAACCUGUGAGGGAUAUUUAAGGUUAUAAUG